UUUUUCACCGUUUCCACAAGCAGGCCAAAUUCCUCCCCCCCCACUGUCUCUCCCAAACGGCUUGUUUGGACUGCUUUUACAAUUGAAUGUUUCUGGAAUACUGAUGGAAGCCUUCAGAACGACUAUUCUCGCGUUAAACGACGGUUCUCGAAUAUCUGGAACGUCGACGGUUAAUCGAAUGGAGGAUGGAAGGGGAAGGUUACUUGUGGAACAGGUGCAGAACGCAAGCAGAACGAAUUGACUAUAUCCUCGAUAUAACCAUUUGAGCCUAUUCAAGAUCAUGGCACCGAGAUUUACGUAUGACUUUGAGAGUUCAAAAAACGCGGGUCACUUCACAAAGGAUUCGUUGGCCUUUUAGGCAUCGUCGAAGUGGAAUGGCCUGGAAUGGUCCAAGCACCACACAGAUGGACGCACGCGUAGUGGCUUCCCUUUGUCGUGAUUCACAAAGGCUUCUCGAGUCAUAUAAAAUAAGCCUUUGUCUUCCCAUACCCUCUUUGCAACCCACCGACAUCCGCCUCCGCCUCCACCUCAUCAACAUGUGCAUCUCCGUUCACUCAGACGAAGAAAUUGGUGGUAUUGCCCGUGGAUCUAACCCCAGUGUCGCGAAAGACGACGAUGAUGUUCAUGAAGCGCAGUGGCAAUCGAAGGACGAAACGGACGAGGAGCUGGGCCUCCCGGAGGGGGCACGUGCUCCCAUAGCUGUUUCCUCUGUAUCGUCACGAACCAAAAGCCAUCAUUCCAAAGAUUUAUCGCAGGAUUCUCAACACGACACGUUCGAUGACGACCAGCCAGCUCGGUACCGUCAUUACCAUCCCCAUCUCUCCAAAACGGAUCGACAGCUCAUCCAAGAGCUUCAACUUAGUUUGGGUAAACAGACUCAUAAACUUAUGCAUUUGGAGCUGUCGAACGAGCAGCUCAGUCAUACGUUAUCCAUUCAACGCCGAAAACUCGCCUCUUCUGCUUCUGAGAAGCACGAACUUCAGCUCGAAGUUGGCGAGCUCAAGGCCACGUUACAGGAGUACAAGGAGGCGGUCGAAACGUAUGAAGCCGAGGUUGAGGAUCUCGCGCAAGAGAAUGUCGAGUUGAAGAACAACCUGGGCGAGCAGGCAGCUACGAUUGCUUCUCUUAAUGAGGAUAUCGAGCAGCGCAUGACGGAGAAUAAGGAGCUGAAGGCGGAAGGUGAAGAGACGAGGAAGAGGAUGGUAGAAAUGAACCGGGUGGUGAAUAAGAAGGAUAGGAUGUUGACGGAGGAAAGGUGUUCGAGUGCUGAGUUGGGUCAGGUGAAGAAGAGGAAUGAGGAGAUGGAGAAGAUGAAAAAAGGGCUCGAGAUUGAGAAAGCUAGGAACGAGAAGUUGAACAAUGCGGUUCUCGGCCGAACCGACCCGAUUCUUCCUUUGCCACUACCCGCGAAAGGCACCGACACGUUCGGUAAUGCUACUCUGAUGACCCUUUUGAAUCAACGCACGGACUCUGAAAAGCUAUUCGAAGGCGAACUCGCGCUCAUAGCUGAGAUCUUUUUGGACCCGCCUCCCAUUCAUGAUCCUUCUAUGCUCACGAUGGUGACUUCGCUUAUCAAGGUACUUCGGCUCGCUCAUGAUGUGUUAGAAGAAGACAAUGCAGUCAUUGAAUGUGCUCAGAAGGAGAUUCUGAGGCUCGAGAGACAGCUGGAUCGUGUUGACAGUAGUGAAGGUGAAGGUGAAGGUGAAAGGCGAAAGACGCCUGUCCAUCACAUGCCGGCUCACCUAGGAUCAUCUGUUGACGAUGGUUCUUGUGGGCAAACCAACGUUGCGGAGCUAAAAGAGUGGUUGAAGAAGGAACAGGAGGUUUCAGUGGCGUUGGAGAGAGAGUUGACGAAGCCUACCGCAGAGAAUUUUGAAUCUGAUUCUACCAACGCCAACGUUCCACUCCGAUCCGGGCAAUCUAGCACCAGCCCUCCUCAUUCUCAAUCGUCUUCGGGGUCCCUGUCGGGUGCAGGGAACCGCGCAUGUGUAGUUUCUGGGACCUCGGAACAGUCAAAGCCAUUUACCUUCAACUUUUGGUCUCGCCCUUCUUAAGCGCACUACCUUCAGCAUUUUCCCCCCUUGUCACUUGUCUACUGUAUCUGCUACCGUUUGUCAUCGAAGCUAUGUACUAAUACUCCUACCUUCAGGUGAAGUCUAAGUCUACUUAAUAUCCAU